GGGGGGGGAGAGCCAGGGCGCAGCGGUGUCACUCCCGCCGCAGCUUCGCUCUGGGACGCGAGGUGUCACAGCGUUCUGACGCUGUCGAUGCGCUCCUGGGUAAACUCGUGGGCACAAGUAGGGGAGGCGGCCUGGCACGCACAGCCCGGCAGCCGCGGCGCCGUGGGUCGCUAAUGGCCGCAUCUCUCGGGUCGGCCUGAGGAUGCGCGUGUGGAAUGGAAAGCUGCUGCUGCUCCUGCUUUUUGGCAAAGAGGCUGCCCAGCGUCGGCGGGUUUUGCCCAGUUUUGGUUGUUCUUUAUGAAACUUGGUCGAAUUAGACGAAUGUGAGACGAAACCCAGCUUCUGCUGCCGUCUGUGCAUCCGCUGGAUCGUUGGCCGAGGACGUCGUCGGUGUCGUGUAAAGGGAAAAAUCAUAGGCAGUUAAAGGAAUUUUGUGCUGCUUAGUGUUUAUCUCCACGCGAAAGUGCAUGGAGGGAGGUACUUCCUGACUUUCAGUAGGGGAGAGAAACUAAGGACUUUGAAGAUAGAUGUCUGUGGCCCCUCGCUUGGCAGAAACAAUGCUGCAGCGAUGAGAUUAUAGCAAGUCCUGCCUGUGUGGCCUCCAUGGGUCCCACUCAACUCAGCACACAGGAUCAUGGGAAGAGGGUGGCAAGUGUAUUUGAGAUGGAGGAGGAAGGGCUUCCGCUCUUCCCUGGCUCAGAGAACCCCCCUGAGCCUGCAGAAAAUCCCCCCUUGAAGCGGAAGAAGGGCCCAGCCCCUAAGAUGCUGGGAAACGAAGUGUGCAGCGUGUGUGGGGACAAGGCCUCCGGCUUCCACUACAACGUGCUGAGCUGCGAAGGCUGCAAGGGCUUCUUCCGCCGCAGCGUCAUCAAGGGCGCGCAGUACGUCUGCAAGAACGGCGGCAAGUGCGAGAUGGACAUGUACAUGCGCCGCAAGUGCCAGGAGUGCCGGCUGCGCAAGUGCCAGGAGGCCGGCAUGCGGGAGCAGUAUGUUCUGUCUGAAGAACAGAUCCGACUGAAGAAACUGAAGAAGCAGGAAGACGAUCAGGCUCGGACAGUUGUGGUGCGUCCAAGCCCUCCAAAUCCGCCAAGCCCUUCCCACAAACUGACGCCGGAACAGCUGAGCAUGAUAAAAAAGCUCGUGGCCGCUCAGCAGCAGUGCAACCAGCGCUCCUUCACAGACAGGCUCAAAGUGACGCCAUGGCCCCAGAUUCCUGAUCCAAAUAACCGUGAAGCAAGGCAGCAGCGUUUUGCUCACUUCACAGAACUUGCAAUUAUCUCUGUGCAAGAGAUCGUGGACUUUGCCAAGCAAUUACCUGGCUUCCUGGAGCUCACCAGGGAAGAUCAGAUUGCUUUACUGAAGACAUCUACCAUAGAGGUGAUGUUGUUGGAGACAUCUCGGCGCUACAAUCCAGAGAUUGAGAGCAUCACCUUUCUUAAGGACCUGAGCUAUAACAGGGAUGACUUCGCCAAAGCAGGUCUGCAGUUUGAGUUCAUUAACCCUAUCUUUGAGUUCUCAAAGGGAAUGAAUGAGCUACAGCUUAAUGAUGCUGAAUAUGCACUUUUAAUUGCCAUCAACAUUUUCUCUGCAGACCGACCGAAUGUGCAGGAUCAGUCCCUGGUGGAGAGGCUGCAGCACACCUACGUGGAAGCGCUUCAUUCUUACAUUUGCAUCAACAGACCAAAUGACCGCUUGAUGUUUCCACGGAUGUUAAUGAAGCUGGUCAGUCUUCGGACACUGAGCAGUGUCCACUCUGAACAGGUGUUUGCCCUUCGGCUGCAGGACAAGAAACUCCCGCCUCUGCUCUCAGAAAUCUGGGAUGUGCAUGAGUGACUGCAUGCUCCCAGGGCGCUGACAUGCUGACAUAAUGCCAUCUCCCAGCCUUUGCUAACGAGAAGCCAGCCUCCCCUCUCCAAAGCACUGAACCCUGGGCUGGGCAUGCAGGGAGUGAUGAGCCUGGGGUUUCAGUGUUGUCAUGAGACCAUGCAGGAGGCAGCUGGGGUAGAUGAGAUGGAGGGGUUGGUUUCGAUGUAGUGCCCGUACCCCAAAGGAAUAACGUGAAACAUUCGAAAACGGUAGAAAUGAAGACCUUUCCCCCUGCCCCUCUACUCCUUUUUCUUCAGAGUCUUUCUCUUCUCUAAGCAUAUGCUGAGGGUUUGCCCAUGAUCCUCUUCUCGCUGAUUAUAAAAAUGAAUUUGCAGGAACUUGCCAAAAGCUCUCUGUUGAGAGUAAUCCAGCUCAAAAGGCUUCUGCAGGGUCCCCAGUGUACCUGGAUCUGAGGAGCUCAGGGAAGUCAGUGUGGAUGUUCUAGGGGUUUCACUGGGUUUCCUAUAAAGAAAAUUUCUUGAAUGUGCUGCCCUUUACAAUGAUUCCAGGAGAAGUAGCUUUUAUUUCUUUAUUAUGAGACUUCAUCUCUAGAGCUGCCCUUUAUUCUGGCCCUCCUUUGGAAGAAGGAUUCCUGUAAUGUGUAGUGCCCUUUGUCUAACAAGGAAGUCCUCUGGGAAGGGAACAUUGUAUAUCAAAAAAAGAUGUCAGGCAUAAAGUAGUGGAUUUUUUUAAAAUGUAAUGCAUUAUGGUUUUAUCUCACGGUGGUUCUCAGACAGCUGAAUUUACCUUUGAUUUGCUAACAGCUGGACAGCUUUAGUUCAGAACAAAUCAGGGCAUAGAUUUUAUCUUUAGGAGUGGAAUAGAAGAAAGACAGGUGGGUAGGCCUGGUACCUAGGUAAGGUGGGUGUGGUGGAAGGAUCUCAAAAACUUCCAAGAAUCUGGAGCAUGCGGUAUGUGUUCCAAGGUGGGUGUGAAGAUGUAUCAACCAAGGAGAGAGGACACACUGCAUUUAGUGAAAUAUGUGGGCAUUGCAUAAGCUGUGGGCUGUACAACUCUCAGAUCACAGCCUGCAGGAAUAUGGGGUGUCAUCAGAUCCACUUGCAUCGUCUUCCUUUUGCCAAAGUCUUUCCAAGGUACUUGUUCAAGGUUUUAUUGAUGAUCACGGGAUAUGGAGGUCCCUCCUGUAUGAGGAGUGCCAACUGCUUCAGAAGGACACUUGGAUCUUGCAUCCUUUCUUCACUUUGGGCAUCGUGAGAUCCACACGGGAUUUAUGGCCCAAGUUUUAAGUAUCCGCAUCCAUAAGUAUUCUAGGAUUUACAGCAAUACUUUGUCUGACAGAAGAGAAAUACACUGUUAUAAAAUAUGUUCCUUAUUUUCCGAGAAAAAACAUCUUAUGGCUGAUCUCAGAGAUGUAACCUUAAGUAUCCUGGUAGCUUGGUCUCAUGAGUCUUCUCUGUCAUAGGGGUCUGUGUUUGCUUGCCCGGUGAGCAUCCCAAGAGCAUAGGUUCACAUGGCUCGGGGUUUUUUUGUCUGUCUGUUUUUUUGGUUUGUUUGUUGUUUUUUUUUUUUUGGGCUGUGUAUCUGAGCGCUAUGCCCGCGGUGAGGGUAUCGUGUCCAUUUUGCACUUGAGGUUGGUCCCCUGCCACUGGCCUUCACUCUGCACCUUUGUAAAGCACUUGUAACAAUCUGUAAAAUAAUCUGUUGUUUUUUAUAACUCAUUGCAAUUGCAAAAAUUCUUGUUAAAAAUCUGUAUUUUUAACUAAUCUGUUUGAGAAAUGUUAAUGUUUAUAUAAAAGAAUAAAGCCUAAUACAGGAUUUUGACCUUCUCUGA